UCGCGCCGUAGUUCAGUGCCAACUGUGACCGUGCGUAGACGGUGAAACGGACUGUUCUUGGUGACUUUUUUCAUCCUUACAAAAACUGCACUGAAUCCCAUGUGGGGCGAACGAAGGAACAUUGCUAAUGGUCUACUUCACCUCGUAUCUCCAAGGGGAGACAUUAUACUCGUCAGGAAACGAGAUUUCAACUGCAUUAUUCAAACAUUGAGCCCACCCCGGAGAGGAUGGAACAAAUAAUCUGUUAUCCAGUGCCUACACUGAACAUAUGCUCAACUUCGUUAUAAGUGGAAUAGCAGAACCCGCAAGGGUGCUAGGUAACAUCUGAAGGCAGCUAUAGGGAUAAUAUAGUGUUAAAUAAAGUAUAAUACUUUUUUUAAGAAAUUUUCUCAGGGGAGCAUCUCUGUGGACGGCGAGCAUCAACUGGGAAUUGUGUGUCCGUACGUGCGUGAGUACGUGACGUCACAAGAGCGAGCUAGAAUGUGAUUGGUCGCCAGAGCAUGAUAUAGGAUCACGAGAGUGAACGACUGUGGCUCUUCGGCUCAAGUGAGAAAAAAACGGAGUGAGAGUAGUGCAAACCCAUGAGGGAAACGUGACGUCACAGAAAGGGAGGAGUUUAAUCAGUUUGAGAGAAGUGCCCGUGAAAUGAGUAUCAGUGCGGCUGCAUGAACCCUCAAUUAAAGAUAAUUAUUUCUUUUGAUAAUAUACUCCUCAAAUACUUAUUGAUUAUGUGUGUAUAAAAAAAUAAUGCAUGUAAAUCAGUAAGCUUAUAGGUGAUCUUACAGUCAAAUUUGGCGUUUCACGUGUUACAUUGUUAUAAAAAGUAAAAAAGUUUUGCCAACAUAACACAACAUAACUUCCCGACCAUUACAUCAUAUACAACUCUUAUAUCACAUUGAUUUUGACUUCCUUAACUGGACUAAGAUCAUUAAUUUUCUUUCCUCAGCAAUGAGAUACAUUUUAUCAGUUUACAUAUGAUUAACCAGGUGUUUAAACACUUGGAAAAGUUUAAUAGCUGUGUAGUACUGGUGUUAAGUGACUUCGGAAAAGAGACAAUAAAGCGCAAGAGAGUUGCGAGGGCCGUUGGCUUGACUCUACUUGUCGCUUUUAAGUGGGGAUUUGCAUGCAAGCUACGAGGGCCGUGUGCCUGGCUUAGACUUGCAGUUCCGAGAGGUGAUUUUGACUGGGAAGUAACAAGACAUUUAAAAUAAAAGGGGAAAGGAUCUCUAGAACUGUGAAAAUAAAGACAGUACUACCAGCCAGUGUGAGUGUGCUUGUCCGAGGAAGACCAAUCGUGGGAGCACUGCUACAACGGAAAGCAGUGACGAAAGUUCCGUUUGUUGUGGCGGGGGAACCAAGUCUGAGGGAUAUACUAGGCUCUGGACAUACGGCUGUAGACGAAUCAGGAAACUCUAAAGCUCGAGGACAGUUAAUAGAUCUUUCCAGUCCCGAAGGGGAGAGCAACGUCCUAUAAGAAUCCAUUACGUGGGCAGAGACCGUCGACGACAUGGAGCGAAUAGAACGAAUGCGGACCACUAUGAAGGAGCUGACCAGAGAGGUUGAACAACUGAAGGCAGAAUUAAAAAGUGCUGCUCGGCAAGCUCCAACAACACAACCUACUGCACCAAACUCGGCGGGAACCGUUGAAAGAACUGAAUCUGUUAAAGUGGUGCUGAGGAGCAGUUGUGUCCCGAUGUUCAAGGGAAACGAAGACGAGUUGACGGGAGGCGAAUGGCUUGCCCGGGUUGAGUCCGAAAUGGAAUGUACAGGGAUUACGGGAGACGCCGAGAAAGUAAGAUUCGCCGCCAGUUACAUCCACCCUGAAAAGGGGAACGCCAAGAAGGUGGCUCUGACGAUGACCUCAGGAUCUAUCUCAUGGGAGGAGCUCCGGAGGGGCAUACUGGCUCAGUUCUCACGUAAGAAGAAAGCUUGGGACGAGUGCUUAAGGGAUGCCGAGCGAUACCAAGACGAGUCUUUUGAGAAGUGGAUGAAUAGUGAAAAAGCAAUUCACAUGAACUUUACUCUUUUUAGGGUAUGGCCUUUUCCAGAAGAUAUAUCGUUCCCUAUAACCAUGAGGUUUUUGGCUAAAACUAUGGUUGGUUGUGCUCUGGACAAAUACAGAAUUGGUGAUGAUUGGGAUGUACAGAAGUUAAAAGCCAUCCCAUACUCGCAAAUCAUGGAGGAUUACAGGAGAUGGAUAGAGAAAAACAGGGAGAAGGAUUCCCAGUUCCAGUCAACCCUACGUCCCAGGAUUAAAACCACUGAUACUGGGAAGGCUCGGUUAACAGUAGUAAGGGAGGAGCAACCAAGGGAACGUCAGAGGAGAAAACCUAGGCAGAAAGGAAGCAAGUACUUCUGUGAUGUCCAUGGAUGGAAUAGCUCGCAUCCAAAGGACCGAUGCUGGAGCCCCGGGACAAGACCUAACAACCCGGCAAAAGUUUUAUGUUUCUUCUGUGAGGAAGAUGGACAUAGAGUCAAAGAUUGUCCUCAGAAGAAAAUAUAUGGCGCAGACAAAGAGUAAGAAAAGAAACUCUUCAGCUCCGUCCUAGGGGGACGGCAACAAAAGGGAUUAAAGGCAGAAGACACAGUACUAGAAGAAACUUAAUUCCUUAUAAUUCUUAUUUUAGCUCGUAAGCGAAAUACUUGAGAAGGAGAACCGCUAAAGGCACUGGGAGAGCCCAAAUGACCUUCAAAAUGGGAGGAAAGGUAUUCUCUCAUACGUGUUAUGUCUUUCAGGACGAGGUCAUUAACUUUCAGGGAAUUGUGAUGUUCUUGUUGGUUCGUUCUUAAAGUACCAAUAUAAAUUGCCAAUAGGUUUUAAAAAAUGGAGAAUUUGACAAGGAUCUAAAGUCCUGCAGACAGGCAUGGUAAAAAAAAUUAGGUGGUAGGGAACCAGCGGGUGAAUAUAAGAGUCUGGAAAACCAGAGCAAAGAACCUAAGGAAGAUUUAGCAAAGGUUUCAUUGGAAACCAUUACUAUUCCUCCAGGAAUAGCUAUAUUAACAAGAAAAGGUGGACAAAGGAACUCCAAUGAUGGUAAAAGGAAAUCCUUUGCAGGAGGAUUGUGUUAUCAUUCUUGUUGUUUGCAAAGCAGAGGAUUAGGUGAAAGUCCUAUCUUGUUACUGGGGUAGAGCACAAGUACUAAUCCACCCAAAAACGGAGGAUAGCCCAGGCAUUCUCAAUGGAAGAUAAGGAUAGCCGAGGGCCACAGUAAAUGCUGAUAUCUCGGAAAUACCGAACAGUGGCAAUGAAGAGGAUGACCCACUGGAGCAGGCACAUCAGGUCGAUCCUCAUUAGGUGAAAGUAUGUAAGGAUCUGACUUUCAGUGAGAGAUCACUUUCAGAAAUUACUGAAAGAAUUAGAGGCAGAUAGUUAGGUAUUAUCAACAGACCCGAGGAAAGACACAGAAAAUGUAUUGCAAGACUUACAGGCAGCAUUUACUCUGAAGGAGGAGCCACUGGGAAAACAUUUACUCAUCAAAUAUAUAUAGUCGAUAGAGAAAGGGUUUUUAUUCCAUAUGCUGUAUGACUAGACGUGGUGGCAGAGGUCCACACCUUGAUGGGCUGAAGUCAUAUAAGGGUCAGUUCAUCAGAAUGGAAUGCUAUUGUCCUAGCCUGAAAAAUCCAACCUAUUCCAGUAGGUCAACUUUCUCAGACAUUGAGUGGAAUACUGGCAUGUGAAGCCUGUGCUAGACAAGUUAACGGCAAUAUGCAAGUUCCCAAGUCCCAAAAACCGUAACCAAUGCUCUGACAAAGUUACAUUCCGCAAUCGGCAGCCGAGAGUAGAUUUACUACCAUGGAGAAAGAGGAUCUAGCCAUAAUAGAAGCCUUAAAAAUAUUUAAAUCCUUGGUGUGGGGAAUAGAAGUAGUGGUUCUGUCAUACAAGAGAUCACUUCACUGGUUAUUCCACAAGGCAAUGAAUGGUAAAGCAAGUUACGAGAUGGACUCUAAUUGCUCAAUCCCUUGGGGCAAAAAUUAUGUACUGUCCAGGAAAGCUCAAUGCAACAGCUGAUGCUCUACCCAGGUUUGAAGUUCCUGAGGGAGUAGACGCCGAGGAAGUGGAACUUACCUCACAAGUGAUCAUCGAUGAACUGAAUACUGUCAAAUUGUUUGUAUUCUGGCAGUAGAGACUCCUGAGGGAGACGGACUAGGAGGAAGAGGAACCACCCUGUUCAUUAGAAGAGAUGAUCAGAGAGUAGAGACAAGAUCCUCUAUAUGGACCUAUAAUCUGUUAUCUCGAAGACAAAAUUUAACCGGAAAAAAGUGCUUUUAUAUACUUUUAGCUCCCAAAGCUCUAGCACCACUGGGAGGCCAUGGGGCAGAAGAAAGAAACAAGUUCUGUGCAAAACGGUUAUUCACUUGAAAUGGAUAAAGACAUUAGUAGAUAUUAUCACAAAAUCUUACAUGUCAAAGGUUAAGCAUUGAUGUCAUCCCUUAAACAAUUAGCUUUAAAUUCAGUACUAAUACAGUGCUAUCGGAGAUACGCAAUACUAUGUGAUGUUUGGUAGGGACGCCAAAACAAUCACAGGAUGCUGGACAAGGCCCACCACAAGUGUAGACUACCAAGUGAAGACUUCGUAGCCACAUGAACCUUAAGAUAUCAAUAAAUCUAUGAAUAUGUAAUAGAUCAUCUUCUAAGGGCAAUAGACAGACAAUGUAGAAUGUAUGAUACUUCAUUGCGAGCCGCCAUAAGUGUCUUUGUGAAAACCAUUAGAAAGAAAGGGGAUACAAAAUUAUAACCCAAAGAGAAGGAUCAUAUCAGUUUACCAAGGAGGUAAAACCCUGGGUUUAUCAGCUGAAAGACUUACAAACCAGAGGGUUUAGAGGAGUCAAGCAACCAUGCCAGGAGCUUUAGCUCUGGGAGCUAGGAAGCUCUAGUCAGAGACGAGACCUGAAGAGGAGUCAACCAUACCUGCACACAAUAAAUAGGAAGAAUGCUUGGAAAUGGAGAACCAUGUCAAUUAUUCCAGGCCAAUUAGAGAUGCAGCUGAAGUAGUGCAAGAAAUGGAAACUGAGACUUCAAGGGAAGAGGAUGAGGGAUGGCAUGUAAUUAUAGAGGAUCAUCUAGAUAUGGAGUCUUUGGUCAGAUAUUAAACCCUGUUGAGAGGAAUGUGCUUGCUGAUUCCUGGAUGCCUGCCUGUGGAUAGUUUGUCAAGCAGAGGGCAUUCUGCCUCUUCUUCGGCCUGGUGUAUUCCUGAUUAGAAGAGAGAAGGUCCUUACCGAGAACACUCACUGGAGAGUUGUGCAAUAUCAAGAUCUACGGAACACCUCAGGACGUCGAGGGAGUGGAAAACACCUCGACUGAAAGGGACGCAUGAGUGCAUCUAGCAGGAUAUAAAUUGGUGUUUAUGACCAGGGAUUCAGAGAGGACUAAAAGGGAGUUAAGGAGAGCCAACACUGUAAAAAUAGAGUGAAAGGGGAUUUUGAUGGGGUUGGAAGAUUUCUUCACUCUAAGUUUGGCCUCUAAGACGACCAUAGCAGAGCUGAGGUUAACCAUUUACUAGCUCAAACAGGGCCUUAAAACAUGAUUUAUCACAACAGUUUCCUGUUUUGAAGGAUAUGGACCAGCACACUUGACAGCACCUAAAGAGAUAGCACAGCUCAACUCUCAUGUAAGGAAACUUUCACUUGGGUAGGUUAAACAAGAAGUUACAUGGUAUGAGGAAAUGGAUAAUGUGGAAGCCAUUCCGAGUCACUAGAUAGGGAAAUUCAGCAGGCUUGUGAAUUCAUACUGAUGGCAUUAACAGGUCACAUGUCUCCUUGGUUGUUGACUGAUGCCAUAGUGAACAAGGUUCUACAAGCAUUAUGUAAUACGUUGGGAACAUCUUUUGUAGAUGUAAUUAAGGAUCUUGGCAAUACGGAAUUGCUUAGAUGAGGCUAUGAGUUAACCUUCACUACCAUGCUUCCAUAUUCCCAAACCAGUCAAGUGGGAGUUGGCUGAGGUAGUGUCAACUCAAGUUGUGAACAAAUAAGGGAUUAGUUGCAUUAAAGAAUUUACCAAGCCAUAUGGCUCAAACUGACUCUGAGGUUAUAGGUUUAGCAAGGCCUUGCUUAAAGGGUGUGAGAUUGUGGGAAUUUAUCUUGUGUAUCUUGAAAAGGCUUUGCAGAGGAAGCAAGGGUAUUCUAAAAGACUGCAAGAUAGAGUACACAAAAGGGUUCACACCAAUCUUUAAUUUCUAUAAUGAUUUAAGUGAUAAUUUUUUAAUCAGUUAACAAGACUGCAUCAGCAUUACCAAAAUGUUCUGGUGGUCAUAUGUGUACCUUGAAGCUCCAAGGGACAGCGUAUUUAGACUGUGUAUUAGUUAUUAAUAAGGGAAUAACGGUUUAUACUUGUAAUGAAGCCCAUAUUGUCCAGAGAUCAAAGUUCAUGAUCAAUUUAAUCAGUCAAAAGCAAAUAUAGCUAAGGCUAAUGGAUCUAUUAAUGGCCUUGCAAAGGCAUUUGCCUCCAUGGACCAGAAUAAUGCUGUUCUGUUUGGUCAGACAAAUCAUCAUGUCCCACAGGUGAACCUUGGGACCUAUUUUAAUUGUUAUUAGCCUUUACUUUACCUUAUAUCUCUGGAGGUGGUUCAGGAAGGAAAAAGAAAACAGGUUAUUAUUGUCGAGGUUAUUGGUUGAUCCAGCUCGGCAACCUCACUCCACUCAAUCAUACAUGUAGACCUAGGGUACCUAUGUCAACAGACACUACUCUUCUCGAAGACAUGGGUCACCUGAAGACGUGUAAUUUUAGAGGAGGAGCAUGUCAACAACCAGUCUUAUGGUAGUAGUAUUUUAAAGUAUUUUAAAGGUAAUCCUGACCCAAGGAGACCAUUAUACACAAUGUUACUGGUUUUCCAAUGACGGAAAUGGUAGAUGGAAUGAUAGCUCAGGGUGAACCUGUGGUAGAAAUAAGCCUUUAAUGUUUUACAAGGCACUAUAGACACUGUCUCAGGGACAUAAGGGUAUUAUUUUACAGGCCUUGUAAACAAGGGCACCACUGUGGUGUAUUCUGGGUAAGCAGGGCCAAGAGAGGCCAGGGCACUUAUGUAGCAUUCACGCCGUACUUCAGUAUCAACCGUGCAUGAUCAUGAGUAGAUAACAAAAUGGACUAGAUUGUGUAGAUAUAUUUGUCCUCAUAAAAACACUCAGUACUGUGUGAUGUGAACAAAGUGACAUUGAGAAUGGUUCUACUGCACUUCAGACUUAUUCGCAUGUAUAAGUAAGAUAUCUCUAUUAAAUAUAUGAAGUUA